CCGGAACGGUAACGGAGCGGUACCGGUACGUCCCGUUCCGUUGACCAGUCUUAGUUAUAAUUGGUUAUAUAAGAAUUUUGGAAAAGAUAUAAUCUGGAAAAGAAAGGAUAGAGAAAAAUAAACCUAGCAAAUCUUCCUGCGGUGUCUAAGAGAACUAGCGAAUCAGGACUGAAAGAGAACAACAGAGGAAAUGUUCUCUUUUAACUGCAAGAAUUCUAUUUCCUGCUUUGGGCUGUCUGAUGCUAGGGACAUUGAUGUACCCCAUUGUAACUGGUGUUUAUCCAUUUCGCAGAGAUGUUUUUACUCCGUGGCUGACAGCAGCUGUAAUUGAUUUUUAUGUCGCUGUUGUGACUCUCUCGGUUUGGGUUGCAUAUAAGGAAUCAAGUUGGCUGAGUGCAGCUUUAUGGAUAAUACUUAUAAUUUGUUCUGGCAGCGUCAGCACAUGUGCCUAUAUAGCUCUUCAGCUUUUCAAUCUUUCAUCUCAAGAUCCCGUCUACCUUGUUCUUUUCAGCAGCCGCAACAGGACAGAAAAAGGGUAUGAAGAAACGUCUCAAACAGAGAGCAUUGGAGAGGGUCAAUUGAGGAAGAAGCUUUGUGGUUGAUUUGGUUUUGAUUUCAUAAUUGGACUCUUUCAUCAUUUAUAUCUUUGUAAUAAAUAUGUUAAAUAAUAAACUUCUAAUGCACAUAUUUCAGUGUAAAAGAAUCAAAAUCUUUUCUGUGAUAAUUAUUUUAUGGGAAAAUAAAGCCUUGUUAUUA